AAGGUGAGAGGUCGGGGUAAGGAAGUACUUCCUACUUUGGACGGUGCGGCGUGCGGUGUUUUGUAUGAGACUAACAAGACAAAGGUUUUAUUAUUGAACGAUAAAAAUGAGUUUGCCUCUGAACCCCAAGCCCUUCCUCAAUGGCCUGACAGGCAAACCAGUGAUGGUGAGGCUCAAGUGGGGGAUGGAGUACAAAGGAUAUUUGGUCUCAGUCGAUGGGUACAUGAAUAUGCAGCUUGCCAACACUGAAGAGUAUGUUGACGGAGCACUGGCCGGUCAUUUAGGAGAAGUGCUUGUGAGGUGCAAUAAUGUCCUAUACAUCAGAGGUGUUGAGGAAGAAGAAGAAGAUGGAGAAAUGAGAGAAUAAAACAUUGUGAAGAAAUUCUUGAUUCUGGGUCACUGAUUUUUACAUAGUAAUUAGAAAUGUCACUUUUUUUACGCCAUAUAAAAAGCCUGUGAUCUGUGAUAGAUUCUUUGGUAGGCAGGAAGCUUGAAAUGGAGCCUGUAAUUUCCUACCAAAGAAGAAAAAGCUGUUUUUGUUUAUGUAUCGAAAACUUAACGUGGUUGUCUGACAUUGUGCUUCAGGAGCAGCACUGAUGUAAUAAAAUUGUGCAUAUUGCACUUUCUUAGAA